GCCAAAAUUCGUAGGAUAACAACAACUCAAGAAAAGUUGCAAAAAGUGAAAAAAAGAUCAGUGAAAGACGUAAUAACUGGGUUUCUGGCGAUUUCUUCGCUCAUAAACACAAACACUAAAAUCUACUGUUGACCAGAUGACAUUUGGCACCAUUACGGAUUUUCAAAUGCCAUUCGACACGAUAAAGGGAAGGAUCGUGGGAAUGAGAUGGCAUUACAAGUGGAACUAUACGAAUACAAACACUUCUUUCAAAUUAUUUGGCAUCAAGAAAGUCGGCUACAUACGUACGCUUUUUAUUAUUAGUAAACAGCUCAUGUUGAAUUAGCCCGAUCGAGCUUUCCUAGAACCACCAAUUGGAACAUGGUAACCGAAACUGAAACACUUUAAGCAACUCCAACCCAAUUGGCAUGGGCGCCGUAGGAAGUCGUCAGCUAAAUCCCGUCCAGUUGAGCGACUACCAACAGGCCACGGGUCUGUCCGCCGAGCAGUUGGAGCAGCUGCACACCCGGUUCCGCAGCCUGGACCGCCACCAACGUGGCUACCUGACACCCACCGACUUGCUGCGCAUCCCGCAGCUCUCUCUCAACCCGCUGCACCGUCAGAUUGUGGACGGCUUCUUCCCCAGCCGCGAGCCAAGCGCCCGACUCGGCUUCGACCAGUUCGUUGAAGCCUGUGCCACCGUCCUGGUGCCGCAGUUUGGCCGUGGCGAGCUCGGACGCCACGACAGGCGAGCAAAGAAAUUGCGCCUUCUCUCAAAGAUUUUCGACACCCGCCGCAGCGGCUGCAUCACGCGCGAGGACUUCCGCCAGAUCAUGCGCAGCCUCCUUGAUCCGAUCUGGAACCACCAACUGGCCCAGGACGGCGAGUGUCAGCUGGAGCAGGAGCAGGAGCAGGCCAAGUACCGCAAGCCCGAGGUGGAGGUCGAGCUGCAGCUCCUGGAGCAGCAGGCCUUCGGGGCCUCGAACCGCAAUCAGAUCUCGUACGAGGAGUUCGAGCAGCGUCUGUACAGCGCCGACGUCGACGGACGGCUGUCGAUCGCCAAAUGGCUGGUGGACGAGGACGAGGCUGGUGGACAUGAACUGCCGGAUGCUUCAGGUCCUUAACAAAAAUAGGCAGAGUUCACGUUUUUCCUUGUCGUCGCUUUCCACGGUCUCAGCUCUCACAAAUUGCAGCUCUGGGCUCUAACAAGGAGUAGCUAAUAAGAUUUCUCUUAAAUAACCGUCUACCUCAUAAAAAGUAUUUCUAUUUGUUACUCAAAGUUUAAUAAAUAUAUUUUGUUUGAUAAUUGCA